AUGAUCAGCCUGAAGAAUUCAUUUGCAUCAGAUCCUUACACCGAGAAUAUAUCCAGUAAGGUUUAUAUCCGCUCUACGAAGAGUGGCAAGGUACAAAAGAUUGUACGGGAACUUUACUUAAGGCAAGAUAUUCCCUGUUCCUCAAGGCUGUGUGCUAGCUGCCUCGACAUCGCUCCUAGAAAUUCAAGAAACAAUUUUGCACCAUUCGUCCUCUCUGCAACGCCUGCAAGCACUAGCGUUUAUAAAUUCGGCCACUAUAUAGUUCCAGACACAAAUGCUCUUCUUAAUGCACUAGAUCUAUUCGAAUCAACCUCUGCAUUUUACGAUGUUAUAAUUCUACAAACAGUCCUCGAAGAACUGAGGAAUCGCUCGUUACCGCUCUAUAACCGCUUGAUUGGAUUGACAAAGAGCGAAGAAAAACGUUUUUAUGUCUUCUUCAAUGACUUUCGCCUCGAAACUUACGUGUUACGCGAUGCGGGUGAAAGCAUUAAUGAUCGAAAUGAUCGUGCUGUCCGAAGAGCUGUGAGGUGGUACGCUGAACAUCUGAGGCAGACCGUGAGAGGAAAAGCGAAAGUACCGAGCGUGGUAAUGUUGAGUAAUGAUAAAGAAAAUUUAAGAAAAGCUAAAAGAGAUGGAAUUGAUGCCGCCUCUCUCGAAGAUUACAUAUCAAGCCUAGAAAACUCCGACCAGCUACUUGAUAUGCUUUCUGCAUCAAAAGAAAGCUUAGAUGUGAGACAAGGAAGCACAUCUCAAAACAUCUAUCCAGAAUAUUUUUCACUCAGUAAAAUGAUGACCGGUGUGAAGAAUGGAACACUGCAUCAAGGCAUAUUUAAUGUGUCACCUUACAAUUACCUAGAAGGCUCUGUGCACGUUCCUACGUUUGACAAAAGUUUAAUCAUCUUGGGAAAAGAGAAUAUAAAUCGAGCAAUACAGGGGGACGUCAUUGUUGUUGAAGUCUUACCUAGAGAUCAAUGGAAGGAAUCAAGUACAAAAAUUAUUGAAGACGAGACACUUAAUAGGUACGAGAACGCGGAAGCGGAAGACGAAGAAGCUGUAGUGACGGAAAGGGAAAAAAAAGCGCUCCAGGAAGAAGUUAAAAUGGUUCACCGUAAUAAUCUCGAAGGCCGACCGCAACCGGCGGCAAAGGUUGUAGGUAUAAUCAAGAGAAAUUGGCGACAAUAUGUUGGCCACGUGGAUGAAUCUUCAGUGAAUCAAUCCCUUAAAUUAGGAAGAAAGCAACAAACAGUCUUUUUAAUUCCCAUGGACAAAAAAAUACCGAAAAUUCGGAUUAGAACAAGGCAAGCCGGCGAAAUAAUCGGAAAAAGAGUAUUAGUGACCAUCGACUCAUGGGAUCGAGACUCAAGAUACCCCGUGGGGCAUUUUGUCCGUUCAUUGGGAGAUUUAGAAACAAAGGAAGCUGAGACUGAGGCGCUACUACUUGAAUUUGACGUCCAAUAUAGGCCCUUCCCAAAAUCGGUACUAGAUUGUUUACCUAUUCAAGGCCAUAACUGGGUAGUGCCUCAAAACAACGAGGAUCCCGGAUGGAUCAAUAGGCGUGACUUGAGGCAUUUGGGGAUUUGCAGUAUAGACCCUAUUGGAUGUCAAGAUAUUGACGACGCCUUACAUGCUCGGCCACUACCCAACGGUAAUUUUGAGGUUGGUGUGCAUAUUGCAGAUGUGUCACACUUCGUCAAGCCCAACACUGCUAUGGACACAGAGGCUAGUAUUCGAGGCACAACUGUCUAUCUUGUUGAUAAACGAAUCGAUAUGUUACCCAUGCUUCUCGGUACCGAUCUCUGCUCGCUCAAACCUUACGUUGAGCGCUAUGCUUUCUCAGCCAUCUGGGAAAUCACGCCUGAGGCUAAUAUUAUCAAGUCAGAAUUUACCAAAUCGGUUAUCAAAUCUCGCGAGGCAUUUAGUUACGAAGAAGCUCAGACCAGGGUGGAUGAUGAGAUGCAGCAAGAUGAUCUGACUAAAUCUAUGAGAAUUCUAUUAAUGCUCUCUAAAAAAUUCAACAAAAAGCGCAUGGAGGCUGGAGCUCUUAGUCUUUCCUCGCCGGAGGUUCGAGUUCAAACAGAAUCCGAAACUUCUGAUCCUAUUGAUAUCAAAACGAAGAAGCAUCUAGAUACAAUGUCUCUAGUUGAGGAAUUUAUGUUACUCGCUAAUACUAGUGUAGCUGCCAAAAUAUAUGAAGCAUUUCCUCAGACAGCUAUGCUUCGUCGCCAUGGCGCACCACCGAAAACUAACUUCGAAGAACUUGCCAACCAACUCAAGGUGAAGCGUGGCUUAGAACUUCGCACUUCGUCUUCGAAAGAACUUGCUGAGUCACUCGAUAAAUGUAUUGAUGUCCAGGAACCUUUCUUCAAUACUAUGGUGAGAAUUAUAGCUACGCGCUGUAUGACAUCAGCCGAAUAUUUCUGUUCAGGGACUCAGGCUUACCCUGAAUUCCGUCAUUACGGGCUGGCUUCUACGAUCUAUACACAUUUUACUUCCCCCAUCCGUCGAUACGCAGAUCUUGUUGCACAUCGGCAGUUGGCGGCUGCAAUCAACUAUGAGACACUAGACGCUAGUGUACGGAGCCGAGGCAAGCUAGAAACGGUCUGUAAGAACAUUAACAUACGUCACCGUAAUGCUCAAUAUGCGGGUCGGGCUUCCAUUGAGUACUAUGUGGGCCAGGCCCUUAAAGGCCGGAUUGUUCAAGAGGAGGGAUUCGUAAUGAAGAUUUUUUCAAACGGAUUCGUUGUUUUUGUACCACGAUUCGGCAUUGAAAACUUGAUACGUCUGCGAGACUUAGCUGAAAUAGAGCCAGUAGGCCAGUUUGAUGCAGAAAACUACGUACUAAAAACAAGUGGGAGCCGGGAAAUCGAGGUAGAGUUAUUUAGCAAGGUUAUCGUACGUAUAAGUGAUGUGAAAGAAGAAGGCACUGGCAAGCGGAAAGUCAAGAUGGAGCUGGAAAAAGUCAUAAAACGAUGA